AUUUUAUAAUACUUAUAUAUCUGCUUCACUCCCAGCCCGACCAUUCUGCUCCAACUCCAAGCGCCCCUCCCUCUCUCACUUGCCCUGAUGGAAGCGAGAUUUUUCUUAUGCUUCCUUUUGGCGCUUCUAUUAGGAAGCGGCACAGAAGGCCAUGGCCAUCGCCACCACCAUCGCCGCCAUCAUUUAGUAAAGAGGCUCUUCGUGUUUGGCGACUCAUAUGCAGACACGGGCAACAUAUGGAGGGGGCUGGCCAAUUGCUGGAAGUCUCCCUACGGCUCUACCUUCCCCGGCAAACCGGCCGGCAGGUUUUCCGACGGCAGAGUUAUCACCGAUUUCGUUGCCACCUACCUAGGGGUUCCAUCUCCUGUUCCUUACAGAUUGGAAAGUGUCGCUGGUCACCGAAGCCGAUACGGCAUAAAUUUUGCCUAUGGCGGGACGGGUGUGUUCGACACGGCUAUCCCUCUGCCCAACAUGACGACGCAGAUCGACUUCUUGGAGCAGCUCAUCAAGGACGGCACUUACGGGCCACGGCAACUGAGAUCAUCCAUGGCCUUCGUCUCCAUCGGCGGCAACGAUUAUUUAUCCUACCUUUACUUUGGCAAUGGCACCAUAGCGCGCUUGAAGAGCUUCAUACGUUCAGUGGUUAACCGGGCUGAAGCGGACCUAGAACGCCUGGUCAGGCUAGGAGUGGGACGGAUAGGCGUGCUCGGUCUGGGCCCAGUGGGAUGCGUCCCGUUUAAUACUCAGAACAUAUCAUACUCCUCCUGCGUUGAUUUGUUCAACCAAAAUGCUGUCUAUCACAACGCUCUUCUGCAAAAAGCCGUCGAUGCCAUCAACGCUCAUCCCAGCCAUCGAUCGCGUGUUGAGAUGCUCAGCGUAUUUGAUGCAUGGCAGUCACUGAUUCACGGCCCUCAAAAACUGGGACAAGAAAGUGAGAAUCCACUCAGGCCGUGCUGCAUGGGAAUCACCCCGUUGAACGGCUGCGGUGACACCGACCAGAACGGAAAACCACUGUAUAAAGUAUGUGAAGAUCCGGAAAAGGCCGUGUUCUGGGACAGUGUGCACCCAACUCAGGCUACCUGGUCCAGAGUUUUCCGAUCUUUUCGCCCGACUCUUCAACAACUUGUCUCUUAUAGGACUACUUAACCCAAUACUUGAAGAUGGGUAAUAAUCGGACACAUCUACUGAUAGAUCUGUUCAUGUCGCCUUAUCUUUUAAGAUGUUAAAAGUAGUUUUCACGAUUUGAGUUUCAAACGUUUUUGCAUUCAACAAGUUGUGCUAUGGGUGCCGCUGGGUUGUUGCACUUUUAGAUUUUAUUUUGUCUUUUUCUCUUUUGGAGUGUGGAAUUUGGGUCUGAAUCUGAUUCCUUAUGUACUUAAUAAACGAGAAUAAGACCUGUUCUCACCCCCUCACUGUAACAUCUGUUUGUUAAAAAGUUGAAGUUAUUAGAGAGUUCUUGUCAUAAA